AUGAAAUGCGGAACACAGGUUGCCUUAUCUUCCCGCAAAAGUGCUUCAUUUAAUUCCUAAGCAACAACUAACGGACAGACAGCGGGAACAAACUCUCUGGCUAAACUCGUACAGGUUAGAAUUCAAUAACGUCGUAAAUUACAUUAUAUUCCAUUCUCGUCACAGUCGUACGUGGCUACGUGGUGUCCUGUGUGCGACAAACGAGUAAGCGAUAAAGGAAGAGACACGAACGGGCUCCUUGCACAUAUUCGUAAAUUUCACCCGAAACGUUCCAACCAAUAUUUCCCUCAGAACAUAUUUGUGCAUCAGCAGGCAGAGGAGUUCAAAGCAGCGUCGGAACAAACAUCAGCGUCAAAGUGUAUCGACGACACAGACUGCAACACUAGGAAAAACGAGCAACGAAAAGUUUACGCUACUCGUGUGGAUACAUGGAAGUCUCACAACGAGAGAAAGAUUUGCCCUCGGUGCAAGAAGGAAGCAAUACCGACACUUCAUGCUCGGGGAGACAAGUUGACGACCUCGCAUAUUGGUGCUUUGUGCCUUUUAGGAUGUUGGCCGCUUUGCUUUGUGCCAUUGAUGAUGAGGCGUGCGAAGAAAGUACGAAUGAUCUGUCCUCUGUGUGGCUACAUGUACGGAAAUUUUCAAUACAAGAACACAGGAUUGACACCGUGCAAAACAGAUUCUGAAAACUCGCAAGCACGUCUCUCGUCACCGCCGAGGAGCUUCCGUUUAUGCGCGACGAAACAACAACGUGAACACUGACAACAAUAUAUUCUAAUCAAAAAUUCGCGUAACAAAAUAUAACUGUG